CAGGGGAGGAGGAAGAGGAGGAAGAGGUGGUGGCAAGGUCGCAGUCCAGGCUCCAGCACUCGCCCCAGCCCGGCUCCCAGCGGAGGCUUUAUUAGCCACGCCAGUAACCGGCCAUCCCGACCCACCCCGCGGCUCCCGGCUCCUGCCCGGUGGAGCUGCACGCCUCGGGGGCCGCCGCAGUGUCGGGGUAGAAGGGCUGGCCGGGCGGCCCGGCAGGCAGGGAGGCAGGCUAGUGAGGGGUGGUGGGCUCUGGAGCCCAGGGCUGCACUCCCCAUGCGGCACCCUGGGGGCUGGGCUGUCUGCAGGCCCAGGUGAGACAGCACCAUGGGGCAGGGGGGCUGGAAGGGGCUCUGCCUGUCGCUGUUUGACUACAAGACGGAAAAGUAUGUCAUCGCCAAGAACAAGAAGGUGGGCCUGCUCUACCGGCUGCUGCAGGUCUCCAUCAUGAUGUACCUGGUGGUUUGGGUGUUCGUGGUGAAGAAGGGCUACCAAGACACAGACACCUCCCUGCAGAGUGCCGUCAUCACCAAAGUCAAGGGCGUGGCUUUCACCAACACCUCGGAGCUGGGGGAGCGGCUCUGGGAUGUGGCCGAUUACGUCAUCCCGCCCCAGGGAGAGAGCGUCUUCUUUGUGGUGACCAACCUGAUUGUGACCCCCAACCAGCGGCAGGACACCUGUGCUGAGAGCGAAGGGAUUCCCGACGCCGUGUGCUCUGAGGACAGCGACUGCCCCACCGGGGAGGCGGUUGUGGCUGGAAAUGGUGUGAAGACUGGCCGCUGCACGGAGAGGGGCACCUGUGAGAUCUUCGCCUGGUGCCCGGUGGAGGCAAAGUCCAAGCCUGUGAAGCCACUCCUGGGCAAGGCUGAGGACUUCACCGUUUACAUCAAGAACUCCAUUCGUUUCCCCAAAUUCAACUUCUCCAAGACCAAUGUGCUGGACACCAAAGACCGCUCUUUCCUAAAAACCUGUCGCUUUGGCCCCAACAACCACUACUGCCCCAUCUUCCGACUGGGGUCAGUGGUCCACUGGGCUGGGAGCAGCUUCUGGGAGAUGGCUGUGGAGGGUGGUGUGAUAGGAAUUCAGAUCGAAUGGGACUGUGACCUUGAUAAAGCUGCCUCUGAAUGCAACCCUCACUAUUCUUUUAGCCGUCUGGACAACAAGUUUGCAGAAAAGUCAAUCUCCUCUGGGUACAACUUCAGGUUUGCCAAAUAUUACCGAGACGCGGCCGGGGUGGAGUUCCGCACCCUGAUGAAGGCCUACGGGAUCCGCUUCGAUGUGAUGGUGAAUGGCAAGGCGGGGAAGUUUAGCAUCAUCCCCACGGUCAUCAACGUGGGCUCCGGGGUGGCGCUCAUGGGUGCCGCGGCUUUCUUCUGUGACCUGGUACUCAUCUACCUCAUCAAAAAGAGCCACUUUUAUCGUGGCAAGAAGUACGAGGAAGUGAGGGGCCGAGAGGCCCGCGCACGGCAGGCAGAGUCCCCGCGGCGGGCCGGGGACUGGGAGCCCGAGGUCGCGGCGGGGCCGGGCCCGGGGCCUCGGGGCGGCGACCAGAGCCCGCGCAGGGAGCCCGAGGGGCAGCAGCGGGAGCGGCCCGAGGCGCAGCGCGGAGGCGGCGGCCGGAUAGGGGAUGGCUGCGCGAGCCGGCAGCUCCUCGAGGGCGGCGCCCAGCCCGCCAGGUCUGGCCAUCUGGGGAAUGGAAAGGUGAAUGUGGAGCAGCUGCGGACCCUGCAGACAGUGGAGACUUAGCCAGAGGUGUCAGCCGAGAACAGAUUCAGGGGGAAGGCAUUGGGGGCAGAAUAGCCCACAGCUCUGACCUGGGAAGACGAUUCAUCAUGCCUUCUGGGCACGGCCUUCUUCCCUGCCCCACGGCAGGAAACUUGGGAUCUGGCUACAAGCUUUUGGUUGUGAGAGGAGGGAAGCCACCCAGUAGCCACAGUAGCCCAGAUCUGGAAGCAUGGAGACUAGAGUGUAUAAUGUUUUCCGGGACCCCGGUUGAACAUUCGUUCGUUCAUACAUGCAUGCAAUAAACAUUUACUGAUUGCCUGCUGUGGGCUGGGCCCUAUCCAAGAGACGCUUAAAUGAGACACUGACCUGGUGCUUGGGGACAGACACACAGGUGCAGUUCCCUCAGAGCCAACAGAGGUGUCCCAGCCAGGCCCAGCCACUCUGGCCAUCCUCCAGCCUCUAGCUGAGGAUUUCACAAAUCCCUGUAGAGACUGAUGGCUUUUUAGAGAGGGCCCUUGGCCAACAACCAAGGGGACAUUUGGCUUUGCCCCUAGGGAUAAAAUUUAAACGUGUCUCAGCAGGCAAUUAGGAAAGGACCAGACUGUCAGGAGAGAGCUGGCUCUUGGGGGAGGGGAGAGGCAAACUCCAAGGGCUUCUAGAGAGGAUGGGGAAGGCGAGGCAGGGAGGCUUCUGCUCGGGUCUGACCAUCCAGCCCGCGGAAGCUCUGGGGAUACUGACUUUCCCAUACAGGAGAUGCAUCUGCCUGUGUUGCUUGGUUCUUGCUGUUCUGUGGGGUGGGUGAUCCUACCCUGCUUCCCUCCCUCUCUCCCAAGGCUUGGUCUGAAGUACUAAUGAGAUAAUGGAUGGGAAAUGCUCACUUGGCAGGGGUUAACAGCUGUUGUUAGGGAGGUCAAAACUGUUAGGGAGCCUAGAUCUGAGCCCCCGUUCCCACUCUACCCCCACCCUGCAGACUCUGCGGCCUCCCUCCCUCAGUGGCCUUCAGCCUUGCCACUAGUAUGGUCUGUGGGCCAGCAGGAUUGGCAUCACCUAGGAGCUCUUCGGAAAGACAGUCUCGGGCCCCUCCCUAGACCUACUAAAUCAGAAGCUUGCAUUUUAACAGGAUUCCAAGGUGAUUUGUGCACACAUUACGGUUUGAGAAAUGUUGAAUGAGGAGAUAUGCAAAGCCCUGGUUCUGAGGAAGGAAAAGGCCAGCUUUGGUGGGUGAAGCCAAUUUCUAGGUCAGACUUGAGACCAGGACUCCUGCUCCCAGUCUUGCCGCCCCCCCCCCCCAGGGAAAGUGGCAUUAUGCUCAGUUUAUUUAUAUUAAAAUGUUUCGACUAAGUACUAUUUAUAUGAUUCAAAAUUCAAGUUAUGAAAGAACACAGUGAAAAACUUCCCUCCCAUCCUGUUGCCCAAGGGCAACCAGUGCCACCAGUUCUGAGAGGCUCCUGUACCCAGAUGCAAAACCUCUUGCUUACUCACCCACUGGGGCAGUGAGCCUUUCCUGACGUCUGCACAGAAGACCAAGCCUCCCGGGUCAAGAAUGCACAUGACAAAAUAUGCUUAAGCACUGUGCUUGAGGAGACGAGCUAGCUCACCUUUCCCCAUCCCAUUGUAUUUGUCUAACCCAAGGUGGGAAAUCCAGAGCCCAUCACUCACCAUUAUCCAAACCGCUCAGCAGAAGCGUCCUGCCAUACUGCCCUGACUUGCUAAGUCCCAGGUGCUGGAUAUGAGGGAGCAUCCUCUUGGGAAGUUUUUCUCUGAGGCUUCCCUCCUGUCAGAAGAGCCUGGUUCUCCUCUGCACACAGAAGGGGGCAGGAAGCAUCACUGCUCUGGGGCCUUUGGAGAGGGUCAGCCGAAGCUGGCAGAAGGUCCCCGGUGAGGCCACCACUGAGGGUGGACAGGAGCCCUUUUGGACAAUCCCUCCCUGUGGAUUGUCUGGGAACCUGCUGACAGGCCCAACUUGCUCUGAAUUGAAGGUGAAAAAUCUGCACGAUCCACUGAGGUGUUUAACUUCCUUAGUAAUGCAAAUUUUUGGAUUUUUAUAAUCUAGCAUGUUACCUUUAUGUUUGGGAGGAAGUGAAAAGGGCAGGGGUUCUUUCUGAAUCCUGGCUGCUUAGGAUUUGGUCUGGUUUUUUUAAUCCUGUUUUUGGAAUUGCUUUGCAGCAGUCAUAUGAUCUGGGGAUAGUCGUACCAUUUGUUUUAUAUUGGAAUGAAAUGUUUUUCUCCAGUUAUUUGUUCAUUUAGUAAGUAUUUGAGUACCUACUAUGUCUCAGGUGUGGGACUAAAUGCUGGUGAUACAGGGUGAGCAACACAGACAUGCUCCUUGCCCUCAAGUUCUUACAGUCUAGUGGGGAGUUGAAUCUUGGUCAAAUGAUCACGCAUCUCACCACAGACCGAACAGGGUGCUUUGAGUUUUCAACAAGGAGUAGGGGUGAGCCAGGGAAGGUUUCCCCAAGGAGGUAGCAUAUCAACUGAAAUCUGAAUGAUGAGUAGCAGUUUAGGUGAUGGGGAAGCAUUUCAGAAAAGGAAACCACACAUGUAAAGAAUCGCCUUGACAUGGGAUUCAGCAACAAAGGAACUGGAUGGAGACAGUGUGACUGGAGCUCAGAGGGAGAGUAGUGGGAGAUGUCUGGAGAGGUCCUGGAAGUGGGUCUCUGCUCUCCCUCUGCUUUAUGUCAUCCAUUAUCCUUACUGGUUGUAUGAGGGUUUCUGUCAAUCAAGUUGACUCCUUAAUUGUAAGAGUGCCCAUGAAACACUACUGUCACAGAGGACUUACUCAACCUAAUAGUUUCUCUGAGUCCAGCAACCCUUUCUAGGUGGCCUUUCUACUACAUGUGAGGAGCCCUAUGCUCAGAAAGGUCCCUUACAGCUUUGGGACACUGUUGCAUAUUCUACCCAAGUGGGCCAGCUUUUUGCACAGCCCACUCCCCCCACCUUUUUGCAUAAUCAUGGUGUGUGAGUGGGAGGCUCAUUAAUCCUGUAGAAACUUCUUUUAAAUGGGGAGAAGUGAAGCAGGAACCUGAGCUCUUUUCAAACUUGGGAAAGCCCCUUUCCUCUGGGCACUGGUUGUCUCAUCAGGAAAAUGAGAACUCUGACUUCUCAAGAGCCCCUUUCCAUUCUGCUAUUCCAGGAUCACAUGAAUUGUUUAUGUUCAAACCCUAGCCUAAACCUACCCACCUAGUAUUUUCCUAAUAAUUGAGUUAUCCCAUGCCUUGGGAGUGCCAAGAAGCUGGCCAACAGGAAAUUUGUAAAUCGGGUGCUAUCAAUGUGGCAUUACAGGGACCAGCCAUGAAAGAGCCAAGUGCCCUCUACACCUGACGCAGGGGCCAUCAGGACUGACUAGGCACAGCUGCCUUUUUGCCUCCUCACCAGUUCUUCCAGUUUAUCAGUGGCUGGGUGUCCCUGAUAAACUGAGCACCUCGGGUGCUUAGGUGUCUCUAGCACCCCAGCUAAGGACUAUGGUGCCCUGGAGACUCUCUAACUCACCCCACUUGGAAUGGCCUUUUGCAUGUCUGGAAAAGAGCUCCACUUGUUUUCAACCCUCUCCGCAGACCCAAGUGAUGCAACUUUCCUCAGAGCAUACUCUCCAGUGGACCCAAGGACAUUUUCUCAUCAAGAGACUCCAUCUUUUUGCCAGCUGCUUCCCCUUAAGCCACAGAGAAUUAAAGGUGGGAAGAUGGCAAACAUUUUCCAGGACCUGCCCAAUAUAUGUAUACUCUCACAUUUUUAUUUGGUUACAAAAACAAUAAAAGGUGUCAACGUUAAA